AUGGCCUACCCCAGCAUCAUCUCGCAGCCUGCCGCACGCAACAUUGAGCCUGUCCUUGGCGCACUCACUCCGCUUAUCGACAUCACACCCACUCCGCAGCACAUUCUCGAGCUUGCGAGCUAUCCAUACGAGCACAUCCGACACUACGCCGUUCGCUGGCCUGACGUAGAGUUUUCUGGAACAGCAAGGGACAAGGACGAGAUUGCGGGUAUCGAGACGAACGACCUGCCCUCCAAUGUCGCAGCUCCGCAGCAGCUGGACGUGGCCGUUCAACAGGACUGGGACGCACUCAAGGGCAAUGUCAAGGCACCGGUAGACGGCGUCAUUAUGCUCAACCUCGUCCACUGCACGCCGGAAGGUGUCCCCGAGCACGUCUUUCGCAACCUCUCGCCCAAGACUGACGAGGGCCGUAGACUGCUCAGAAAGGGCGGGUGGGUGGCCGCAUAUGGCGCAUACUUGAACGACGACGGGUCGUACAGGUCGGAAGGGGACGAAAAGUUUGACCACAGCUAUAUCAAGGCCAUGGACCCGAGCCUUGGGCUGCGAACGCCAGUGUCGAUUAGCCAGAUGGCGGAGAAGUGGGGGUUCCGCGAAGAGGUGCGAGAGGAUAUGCCAAAGGGCAACUUGUGGAUUGUCUGGCGUGCAGUAGAGUAG